AUGUCGUCAUCACCGCCAUCACCGCCAGCCGUUGCGACGCCCGAGGAGGGCCACAACGAGGGAUCAAAGCUGCGCACCUUCUUGGGCAUCCUGAGGAAGUUCAUCGGAGUCACCGACCUCGCCUCUGUUCGAUUCUCCCUCCCUUCCCAGCUCCUCGAGCCGACGCCGAAUCUCGAGUACUGGACCUACCUCGACGCACCCAACGCUUUUGUCGCCAUCGGCACCUCUGAUGAGCCUCUCGAUCGAAUGCUGGAAGUGAUUCGCUUCUGGCUCACAAAAGAUCUCAAAUAUGCAAAGGGAAAGCCCUGCAAGCCGUAUAACUCGUGUCUCGGCGAAUUCUUUAGAUGCAACUGGGAGACAGAAGAUAAUGCUCCCCGAAUAAAUACAACCGACCUUCAGACCCCCGGCUCGAGCGCGAGCUCAAUCAAGGGAGCGGCUGCCAACUUGAAGGCGGCCGCCAAGAGCGAGAACAGCUCCUCCUCGGUGUCUUUGACCGUUCCCCAACAUGGCACGCCUUCAAACGAGGCGGGCAAGCCCCUCCGAAUCUCAUACCUUACUGAGCAGACAUCACACCACCCCCCGGUCAGCGCCUUCUAUGUCACCUGUCCCGAAAAGGGCAUCACCGCCAGAGGUUUCGACCAGAUCACUGCCAAAUUUACUGGCACAUCUGUCAAGGUUCUCCCCGGCGAGCACAACAUGGGCAUCUUCAUCACCCUUGAAAAGAGGAACAAUGAGACCUACCAGCUGACGCAUCCCGCUGCCCAUCUUGGCGGCCUCUUCCGCGGAACCCUGAGCGUAUCGGUGAGCGAGAUGGCCUACAUCACAUGCCCUGAUACCAAGAUCAAAGCCAUCCUCCACUACGUCGAAGAAGGCUGGUUGGGCCGCACAACCAACAAGAUUGACGGUGUCAUCUUCAAGUACGACCCAGAGAAUGACAACAAGACCCGUGUUCAGGACGUUCCGGACGAGGAUGUCCUGGCUAGGCUGAGUGGACCCUGGAAGGAGAGGGUUGUCUUUUCGCUUGGCCCUAGACCCAUGAAAUCCGUACCUCCUGAAGAACAGCAUGUCAUCAUUGAUAUUCUCCCAUUGAACGUUGCUCCCAAGGUUCUGCCCCCGAAGGAGAGUAUGCUUCCCCACGAGUCACUUCGCCUGUGGGGUGGCGUCACCGAUGCCAUCCUUUCCAAGCAGUUCUCCAAGGCAACCGAGCUCAAGGUAGCCUUGGAGGAGGCUCAGCGCGAAAAGGCUCGGAAGCGAGAGCAGAAUAACGAGACGUGGAAGCCCGUAUUCUUUGAGCACAGCGUCGGCAACGGCGGCAAGCCCGACCUCACUGAAAAGGGUAAGCAAGUUCUCGAGCGGGCCCAGAAGGGCGACUGGAACCUCGAAGGCAUCCUAUAGAAUCUGUGAAAGACACAAUGAGAAGAGGGACAAGGCAAGAGAAGGCAAGACUUUGGAAAGGCUUUUGCAAAUGUUGGACGGAACAAGGAAAUAUGGGAUGAUCAUCAUAUAUACAUAUACCACGCGGGUUGAAUUUGGCCUAUACGCAU